AUGAUGCGCCGGCCUGUAGCGACCAUCUUUGGUGGGACCAGGAUCGGCAACAGAGACCUGUUCAAACCAGAGACUAGUCUCGAGUCGUUCUUGGAUAUACUGCGUGCGCACGGCAUCACAACCAUCGACACGGCGCAAGCCUAUGGAAACUCUGAAGAUGCAUUGGGAAAAGUGCGCGCUGGGGAGAGAUUCACCCUGGAUACGAAAUGGAGCCCGUCUUCCUGGACAGAAACCAUGCCGUGGGCGACAAGAGACCGAAUUGUGGAAACGGCCAAAGAGAGCAUCGCAAGACUGGGCGCGCCAGCCGGGACGUUUUAUCUUCACAAGAUGGAUCCUCUGACACCGUUACCAGAGACCCUCGCCGCCGUGAACGAGGUCUACCAGCAAGGCCAUUUCCACCGCUUCGGGCUCUCUGGCUUCCCGCCUCACGACAUUGAAGUCGUCUAUCAGCACUGCCGCGACAGGGGCUACCCGCUUCCCGCCGUGUAUCAAGGCAGCUACAAUCCACUGAGCCGCGACAAGGAGACGGCACUCUUCCCGACCCUGCGAAAGCUAGGCAUGGCGUUUUAUGCCUUUGGGCCUUCGGCGGGCGGUUUCCUCGGCAAGACGGUGGCGCAAGUGCAAGAGAUGAGAAACAACAUGGACGCCGCGUCGGCCACGUGUAAGCCGUAUCUAUGUGAUUCAAAGUAUUUGAACCCUCUGGCGCAGUGGAAUGCGCUGGCGGAAAGGGAGGGUGUGAGUGCGGCGGAAAUGGCAUCUCGCUGGAUGGCGCAUCAUUCAGCGCUGGAUGGCAGAGAGGGCGAUGGUGUCAUUAUUGGCACGAGUAGCCCGGAACAGCUAGAAGACACUCUAAAGAACAUUGAAAGAGGGUCUCUUAGUGAUGGGGCGUGCGAUGCUAUCCAGACUAUAUGGGAAAGUGUGGCAUAA